CCCUCCCACUGACCACUACACCAAAAAGGAAAAAAAGAAAAGGCUUUGGUGUUCGUUUGGGGAGAAGUGGGGUGCGCACGAUAAGCAGAGUGAGAGCCAGAGUGCAUUAAGUUCUUGGUUUGGAAUGCUUUGAGGCUUCCCAGUUCUAAUCUACACCCCCCUGUGUGUAGUUUAGCUCUUCUUUUAAGCCUUUUGGGGUUCUGGGUUUUCUGGGUUCUUCGCCAUGUCUGCUACUGCUGCGCAUGUUAACACUGGGAUGCCCACUAGAGCUUUGGUGGCUCUGGUUUUCUUACUGGGUUUGGUUUCGCUAUCUUGCGCCGCUCGCUUGCCCUUGUCCAAGCAGAAGUUUGAGGUCCAGAAGCACUUGAAGCGGUUGAAUAAGCCUGCUGUCAAAACCAUUAAGAGCUCAGAUGGGGAUUUAAUAGACUGUGUUCACAUCUCUCAUCAACCAGCCUUUGAUCAUCCAUUCCUGAAAAAUCACACAAUUCAGAUGAGGCCCAAUUACCACCCGGAAGGGCUUUAUGAUGAAAGCAAAGUGUCUACAAAGCCUAAACAGAGGACAAAUCCAAUCACUCAGCUGUGGCAUGUGAAUGGUAAAUGCCCUGAAGGCACCAUACCCAUCAGAAGAACAAAACAGGAUGAUAUUCUUAGAGCAAGUUCAAUGAAAAGAUAUGGAAGAAAGAAGCACAGAACCAUUCCUCUGCCAAGGUCUGCAGAUCCUGAUCUCAUCAAUGAGAGUGGCCAUCAGCAUGCAAUUGCUUAUGUUGAAGGAGAUAAAUACUAUGGAGCUAAAGCCACCAUUAAUGUCUGGGAACCCAAAAUACAGCAGCCAAACGAGUUCAGUUUGUCUCAGCUUUGGAUAUUGGGAGGUUCCUUUGGUGAAGACCUUAACAGCAUUGAAGCUGGUUGGCAGGUCAGUCCAGAUCUAUAUGGUGACAACAACACAAGACUGUUCACUUACUGGACUAGUGAUGCAUAUCAGGCCACAGGAUGCUACAAUCUUCUCUGUUCAGGCUUUAUUCAAAUCAACAGUGAAAUAGCAAUGGGUGCAAGCAUCUCUCCUGUUUCUGCAUUUAGAAAUUCACAAUAUGAUAUUAGUAUACUUGUCUGGAAGGAUCCAAAGGAAGGAAACUGGUGGAUGCAAUUUGGAAAUGACUAUGUGUUGGGUUAUUGGCCAGCUUUCCUAUUCUCAUACUUGGGUGACAGUGCCUCUAUGAUUGAGUGGGGAGGUGAGGUGGUGAAUUCAGAACCAGAUGGUCAGCACACCUCAACUCAAAUGGGCAGUGGGCAUUUCCCUGAAGAAGGGUUUAGCAAGUCAAGCUACUUCAGGAAUAUUCAGAUAGUUGAUUCCUCCAAUAACCUCAAGGCCCCUAAGGGCAUUGGCACCUUCACUGAGCAGUCAAAUUGCUAUGAUGUUCAGACAGGCAGUAAUGGGGACUGGGGCCAUUACUUUUACUAUGGAGGCCCUGGUAGAAAUGCCAAUUGCCCAUGAAGAUAAAAAAAAACCCCUUUUUCUUCUCUCCCUGUAUCAUUCAAUCUAGUGCAAUGCCUCUCUCUUAUGUAUACCCUCUUUUUUACUCUUUUAGGUUGGGCUAGUGUAGUGAUGAUCUUUCUCUAGUGCGAAGUUUUGACUCUGUUUUUCUCUUGAACAUUAUCCAUGUAAGUGGUUUGUGGAGCUGGCCAAGUUUCUCAAAAAACCUACAAGAAACAGGCCUUUUAAUCACUCCCUUUGUAUUCUAUUUGUUUGUUUACUCCUCCUUGGAGUGGUUUGUUAAUGGAUGAAUCAGAUUCCGAUCUUGGUUUUGGCCUCUUAA